AUGGAUACCCCCAGAAAUGAAAGUGGUGAACAAGCUAUUCAUCGACCAAAUUUAGUUAUAAAACGAUGGCGUAAAAUAGCAAAAAUGAUAAAAAAAAAUGAUCCAGAAGAAGAUUCCGAAGAAGAGGAACCUCAAUUAAACGUGAAUCCACCACCUGUCAUGGAUACAAAACAUCGUUUUUUUAUUGGAAAAGAUUAUGCGAAUGCAUAUGACAAAGAUUUUGAGCUUUUAGAUAAAUUUAAUGAAGAUUUUAUUGAUCGUAAAAAAGUGGUAAGAAUGCCAUGGCAUGACGAAGCACUGGUUGUAUUUGGAGAAGUAGCACGAGAUGCUGCUCGACAUUUUAUUCAACGUUGGAAUAUUCAUAAGAGUGAAAAAUUUAAGUAUGAUGAUUCCUAUCCAUUUUUAUUACCUAAAACAUAUAGUGAUAAAGAUGAAUUGAGUGUAAAAAAUUGGAAAAAGUUCCUUGAUUCAAAACCAUUUCAAGUUAAUGCACAGUUUGUACGUUCUGUCGGUCCUUGGUCAUGUGGAACUAAAACAAUUGAGGCUUCCAUUCAAAAUGCCUAUAUUCAAUUGAUCGGUGAAGCACAACAUUUUAUUUAUAUUGAAAAUCAAUUCUUUAUAACUGGUGAAAAUUCUCAAAUACAUAAUCAGAUAGGAGAUGCAUUAUAUCAAAGAAUACUUCAAGCUCAUACAUGUAAUGAAAAAUUUCGUGUAUAUAUUAUUUUACCACUUUUACCUGGAUUUAAUACUCAAAAUGCUGUUUUCGCUGUUUUAUAUUUUAUUAUGUGUUCAAUAACAAAAGGAGAUAAAUCAUUAUAUAGAAAAUUGGAGAAAGCAGGAGUUCCACCGGAUGAUUAUAUUAGCUUUUUUGGUAUGCGUGCACAUGAUGUUCUAAUGGGUGAAUUAGUUCAAGAGAUAAUCUAUGUUCAUUCAAAGUUAAUGAUAGUCGAUGACAAAAAGUUAAUUUGUGGUAGUGCUAAUAUUAAUGAUCGUUCACUAUUAGGACAUCGAGACAGUGAAGUAGGCGUUGUUAUUUAUGAUCUUGAAGAAGAGGAAACAAUAUUUAAUGAAAAAACAGUUCAAGUUGGAAAAUUUUGUUCAAGUUGGAGAAGAAGAUUAUUUAAAAUGAUGUUAGGUAUUCAAUACGAUAAUCCAGAAAAUAUUAACGUUGAUGAUCCUGUAUCAGAUAAAUUUUAUUAUGAAUUUAGAGAUAUAGCACGUAAAAAUACGCUUAUCUAUGAAGAAGUUUUUUGGACAUUGCCAACUGAUCGAGUUCGAAAACUUUGUCAAGUAUCAUCGUAUAAUAGUCAACCAAAACUGAAAGAUACAGAUCCAUAUAAAGCUCAAGAAAGAUUAAAAGAUAUAAAAGGCCUAAUUGUUGAAUAUCCAUUAUAUUUUCUAAAUGACGAAAACUAUUUACAACCGAACUAUACAACUCCUGAAGGUUUAAUACCAGUUGUGACGUGGACGUAA